AUGUUUCAAAUCAAAGGUCAAACUAUAGUUGAAAUACCAGAAUAUACAUUGGAAUGUGGUGAAACUUUGUAUAAUUUUCCAGUAGCUUAUAAAACUUGGGGUAAACUAAAUAGUACUCAAUCAAAUGCUUUUUUAAUUUGUCACGCAUUAACUGGUUCAUCAGAUGUACAAGAUUGGUGGGGUCCAUUAUUGGGAAUUAAUAAAACAUUUGAUCCUUCAAGAUACUUUAUAAUCUGUAUAAAUUUUUUAGGAUCCCCUUAUGGAUCAUGUUCACCAGUCACAAUUGAUAAAUCAACUGGUAAAGCUUAUGGACCAAAUUUCCCCCUAGUUACUGCGAAAGAUGAUGUUAGAAUACAAAAAAUUAUACUAGAUCAAUUAAAUGUCAAACAAAUUGCAUGUGUAAUCGGAGGCUCAAUGGGAGGAAUGAUUGCAUUAGAAUAUUCUUCAAUUUAUAAUGAUUCUGAUUAUGUUAAAACUGUUAUUGCUUUAGCUACAUCUGCAAGAGCUUCUGCUUGGUGUAUAUCAUGGAAUGAAACUCAAAGACAAUGUAUAUUUAAUGAUCCAGCAUAUGAUGAUGGUUAUUAUUAUGAAAAUGGUAAUUCUCCAACCUCAGGUUUAGCAGCUGCAAGAAUGGCUGCUUUAUUAACUUAUAGAUCAAGGAAUUCUUUUGAAACAAGAUUUGGAAGAAAUAAAUCAAAUGAUUUAUUUACUGCUCAAUCGUAUUUACGUUAUCAAGGUAAUAAAUUUAUAAAUAGAUUUGAUGCAAAUUGUUAUAUUGCAAUUACAAGAAAAUUAGAUACUCAUGAUAUAACAAGAGAUCAUGAUUUUGAUUUAGAAAAAUAUUUGCAACGGUUGAAAAAGCCACAUUUAAUCAUAGGAAUUGAAUCAGAUGGAUUAUUUACAAUUUCAGAACAAGAAUUAUUGGGUAAAAAUAUACCGAAUAGUAUAUUGAAAAAAUUAACAUCACCUGAAGGGCAUGAUGCUUUUUUAUUGGAAUUUGAAUUAAUUAAUAAUUAUUGUUUGGAAUUUUUGAAAAAGGAAUUGCCCGAAAUUUAUGAAUCAGAUGAAGUUUUUGAAUGGACGGAACCAGAAGAAUUUGAAUCGAUGUGUAGUGAAGUUGAUAAUAUAACGAAUUGGUAA